AUGCGGGGUUACCGACAUCGACCAUUGGAUAUCAAGUCUGACGAAAUCCGGCUGCUCCAAAUUGAGCUCGCGACCGGCGACGACGACCCGAUCACUGUCAGAAUCAAACACGUCAGAUUGAGUGAUGGGCUGAAGUUCAACGCACUGUCGUAUGCCUGGGGGGGCGACUCUCCGUGUUACAACAUUGUGAUACACGACGAUGACGAAGCCUACUACUAUGCCAUACGAGAGAAUCUUUGCGAUUUCUUCAACACCACACGCUUCUCCAUCAGCAGUUGGCGUUCGGAGUGGAUCUGGAUCGAUCAGAUAUGCAUCGAUCAAGGUAAUCCCAAGGAACGAUGUCAUCAAGUUAACAGCAUGGCUCAGCUAUACUCCACCGCACAUUCAACGAUCAUUUGGCCUGGCCUUCCACCGAAAACUUUCAGGGCGGUCGACGAGAUAGACCCUUUCGCGAGCUCGAUUCGGGGGCCGAGUCCGCUGGAAAACAUCGAUACGUAUUCCGAGGUUCGGAGAGGCAGCGUCCGGAGACGCCUCAACGCCAAAACCAUGUCGGGCGCGGUCCUCCAUGGACUGACCACGAGCUCAUACUGGAGUAGGCUCUGGGUCAUCCAAGAGAUCGUGCUUGCGGAGCACGUGCGCAUGUUGGUGGCAGACACCAUCUAUGACUUGAGAGACUUCCACAAGGUGUUGCGAAUCCUCAAACGCGAUUCAGACCAACUCCCAGUCACAGCACGACAUCCCGAGAUCCUCGCCGCAGUACCUGCCUUGUACACUCGCAUCGACAAACUGCUCAGAAUGCGACAUCGCAGACAGGACUACGCGUCCAACACCUGGGCCGACGUGCUCAUCCUGUGCGAAGGCACCCAGCAUUCAGUGCUCCUGGAUCGAUUCUACGGUGUGCUGGGUAUGCUUGCAAAAGACCUGCAAGUGCAACCCGACUACGAAGUCGUCCCUCUAACGCUUCUGAAAACCCUCUUCGAGAAGCAGAUCGCUCACUCGUCAGGGCGCCCAUUGAACAUGCUAGCAAAUCUCCACGCCAUCGUCAAAGUCUGGGCGGCUGCGUGGGCAGUGUGGCUGGAAAAGCCCGUUCCUAAUACCAGGCUGAUGGGCAUCCCGCCACCGCCGGAUCCGGGCCAUGAACCUAGGGGGUAUCCUCGGCUGAGAAUUCUGACCAUGAUGCAUAACGUUGGUCUAUACCUUGACGCGCUUGGUAUUCCCGUGCCUGCGGAGCUUAAAGAGUUCAAGAAGAAUCUUCGCUGCGAGGAUUGGGUCGCGCCGAGCUGGGACCCUUCACUGCCGUACUUGUGA